AUAAGAGACUGACUAUGUUCAAAAGAAUGGCGUCCCUCGUAUCCCUCUUGACGGCCCCUCUGCAUCAUUUCAUUCAUGAUGAGUUUCAUGAAGUUGUAGCAAGAAUGACUCUCAUAGAUCGUUUUCUCUUCCUUAUCAUGCACUCCAUUGAUAAGUUGGGCAUAUGGCAUCGGUUACCUGUGUUCUUGGGUCUUAUUUAUCUGGCAAUUCGUCGACACCUUCAUGAGCAGUACAACUUGUUUAACGUUGGAAGCACCCCAACAGGUGUUCGCUAUAACCCAGUCGACUAUCCUUAUAGGACGGCGGAUGGGGAAUAUAACGAUCCCUUCAAUGAAGGUGCAGGCAGCCAAGGGACUUUCUUUGGCAGGAACAUCCUCCCUGUUGAUCAGAAAGAUAAGCUAAAGAAGCCGGAUCCAAUGGUGGUGGCCACAAAACUUCUGGCGCGGAGAGAUUUCACUGACACGGGAAAGCAGUUCAACAUGAUAGCAGCGUCUUGGAUUCAGUUCAUGAUACAUGAUUGGAUUGAUCACAUGGAGGAUACCCAGCAGAUUGAGCUGACUGCGCCUAGAGAAGUAGCAAACCAAUGCCCCCUCAAAUCUUUCAAGUUCUACAAGACAAAAGAGGUUGCAACUGGGUUCUAUGAUAUCAAAAGUGGUUCAUUGAACAUUCGAACACCUUGGUGGGAUGGAAGCGCGAUAUAUGGGAGCAAUGAGAAGCAGUUGCAGAGAGUAAGGACUUUCAAAGACGGGAAGCUCAAGAUAUCAGAAGAUGGGCUUCUUCUCCAUGACCAAGAUAUGAUUCCGGUGAGCGGAGAUGUUCGCAACAGUUGGGCUGGCGUAUCAACACUGCAGGCUCUCUUCGUCAAAGAGCACAAUGCAGUUUGUGAUGCCCUCAAGAAGGAAUAUAGACAUAUGAACGAUGAAGAACUGUAUCAUCGUGCAAGGCUGGUGACUUCUGCUGUAAUUGCAAAAAUUCAUACCAUAGAUUGGACUGUGGAGCUUCUCAAAACCGAUACACUACUUGCAGGAAUGCGCGCCAAUUGGUAUGGACUGCUGGGAAAGAAAUUCAAGGACACAUUUGGGCAUGUUGGGGGAACCAUCUUGGGAGGGCUUGUGGGCCAAAAGAAACCCAACAACCAUGGGGUCCCAUAUUCAUUGACUGAGGAGUUUACCACCGUUUAUAGGAUGCACGAGCUCCUUCCUGAUCACCUUCUUCUCAGAGACAUCUCUGCUGCCCCUGGACUCAACAAAUCGCCACCCUUGGUCAAAAAGGUUUCUAUGCCGAAUCUGAUUGGUCAUGAGGGAGAGAAGGCCUUAUCAGAAAUUGGGUUUGCAAGGCAAAUGGUUUCAAUGGGCCACCAAGCAAGUGGGGCACUUCAGCUUUGGAACUAUCCGGUGUGGCUCAGGGACCUCAUUCCACAAGAUGUGGAUGGCAAAGAUAGAUCUGAUCACGUUGACCUUCCAGCUCUUGAAAUAUACAGAGACAGGGAGAGGAAAGUUGCAAGGUACAAUCAGUUCAGGAGGGCCCUACUAUUGAUCCCCAUCUCUAAAUGGGAAGAUCUGACGGACGAUAGCGAAACGAUUAAUAUUCUUAGAGAACUGUACGGUGAUGAUGUUGAAGAGCUUGACACUCAUGUGGGCCUCAUGGCAGAGAAGAAGAUCAAGGGUUUUGCUAUAAGUGAAACAGCCUUUGUCAUAUUCAUCGUCAUGGCGUCCAGGAGGCUAGGGGCAGACAGGUUCUUCACAAGCAAUUUCAACGAGGAGACAUACACAAAGAAGGGACUUGAAUGGGUGAACACCACGGAGAGUCUGAAAGAUGUGUUGGAUCGGCAUUACCCAGAGAUGACAGAGAAAUGGAUGAACUCAAGCAGUGCAUUCUCAGUGUGGGACUCUGCUCCAAAUGCUCAUAAUCCUGUCCCACUCUAUCUUCGUGUUCCCCAUUGAUCACCACUGAACCAUCAUGCAUUCACCACACUGCAUCACUGGUGCUACGAUAUAUUGUAUCUAAUUAAAUAAAUGGAAAAAGUGUUGUUCGUUGAUUUCUAUGUUAUAUAAAUAUAGUUUAACUUAGGAAGAA